AUGAGUAACUCAAGUCGCUUUGGUCCUCAACCCGGAGGAGGGAUAUUAACACGAACCACUUUACCCGGUGUGAAUCCAGGACAACAAGUAACAAGACCGCUCAAUACACCAUACCCACCAUCAGUAGUACUUCAACGACCAGUAGGAGGGGCAACAGCGCUUAGCAGAACUAAUGGACGCUUAGGAUCGAAUGCUCCAUCAUGGAACUACCCUUCACCAGCAACCACACUAAAUCAAUCUCUCUCACUUCGCCAGCACCAACAACCCUUCUCGCAAUAUCCAAAUAGUCUAUCGACCGAUGACUUUCCUGCAUUAGUUAGCUCGAACACUUCAUCUACAACCCCAGCUACGCCAACGAGUACGACUGCACCAACAAUAACCGGAACAUCUUCCACAAACGCCACUUCAGCACCGAACGCUAUCUCCUCUUCCAACGUUCUCAACUCGACCUCCUUCCCGUCAGCAGCGCUUCCAUCAAAUACAACUAUCGCACCUUCCUCCACUCUCGGUUCUACAUAUGCAACGACUGCAAGUACGGCACCCUCUUCGAAUGGUUCGAAUGCCGGAAUAGAUGGAAGAGUUAAUUCUGGUCAUCCUCGACAAAGUCAAGAAUUUAGCAUUGAUGAGUUUCCUGCUUUGCCGAAUGCCGCGUCGAAUAAUAGGUUGCAAAGUGGAGGGCAUACGCAAAACGUUGAUGGGUUGACCCAUCAUCCUAAUGGACUUGCGUUGGGUAGUGUGACAGCAGUCGGUGGUGUUACUGGGCAGGAUUGGCGGUUGGGUCUUGGCAGUGUAAGAUCGACAACGCAGCCGUCUAUGAAUUCGGUUUCUGAGCAGGAUAAAAAGGCCUAUUUGACAAAACCGCUUGUGUCGUCAGGUGUCACGAUGCAAAACGCAGUAUCGAAUAUGCAGCCGUACAUUUUAGGGUCAGCACAGUCACAACAGCAAUCGUCACAACUUUCUUCGUCCAAUAAUCCGUCAUCGUCUUCGCCUUCUCAAAACGCGCUAUCCUCGUCCCAAGCACCGCCACAAGGUCCUUCUCCGUCGUCUACUUCGCAACAGGCCCAAAUAAUACACACAACACAAACAACACAACAGUCGUCUUCAUUACCGCAAUCCCAGUCCGUAUUAAAUGACAAAUAUGGGCUGCUGGGUUUAUUGGAAGUAAUAAGAAUGAGUAAUGAGGAUCUUACGAUGUUAGCUCUAGGAAACGAUUUAGCAACGUUAGGAUUGAAUCUUGAUUCUUCCGAUGCCCUUUAUGCAACAUUUACAUCGCCAUGGUCCGACUCGUCACUUACACCAGGGCUAAUUGAACCCGAAUAUCACCUCCCACCUUGCUACAACGUUCAACCACCACCGCCAGCACAUGAGAAGAUUGCAUCUUUUUCGGAUGAAACACUAUUUUAUAUCUUUUAUUCUAUGCCAAGAGAUAUAUUACAGGAGUAUGCGGCACAGGAAUUAUACAACCGAAAUUGGCGGUAUCAUCGUGAACAUCGCCUAUGGCUGACAAAAGAACCAGGCACUGAACCAAUAACAAAAACAGCAACAUACGAAAGUGGUACAUAUAUCUUCUUCGACCCAACAACUUGGGAGAAAGUGAAGAAAGAGACAAUUCUUAUGUAUGAAUUACUCGAAGGACCACCUCUUCUUCCAUCCAUCCCGUCUGCAAUGUCAGCAUCAUCCAUGUCUCAGUCAUCGCUCCAGUCACUCUCUCAAUCAUUGUCGCAGUUAUCGUCGGUAUCUUCUAUACCGUCUACACUAAGUGGACAACAAGGAGGGGGGAUACAGCAGGGACUGAGUGGUAUGAACAUGGCAAGUUUGAUGGGACUAGGAGGAAUUCCGAAUACAAUCGGAGGGAGCGGAUUAGGAUUAGGUGGACCUCAGUUGCAGUUGCAUCACCAGUAUGCGAGCGGUGGACAGCAUCUAGGAGGGCCAUUACCUGGCCUUGCAUCUGGCGGGCAUUAUGCAGUACAAGGAGGGAUGAAAGAAUUUUGA